AUGUCGUCGUCACUAGAGGCCAAAAUCGUGGUGCUCGGCUCCCAGGGGGUCGGUAAGACGUCGCUGGUGAUGCGAUAUUGCAAAGGCGCAUUUACACCGUCUCAAAUCACGUCGACCGUCGGUGCUAGUUUCCUGACCAAGCGUGUUGUUGACACGGAUACCGACACGGUUGUGCGCCUGCAAAUCUGGGACACUGCCCGAGCAGCAAGCGGUUCGUCCGGAUUCUGGGGCCAGGAGGUCGGGUGGGACGCGUGCCACGAGAUCUCGGCCGAGUCCGGGGAGGGGGUGGAGGAGGUGUUUCGCGUGGUGACGCGCAAGCUGGUGGAGCAGAACCGCAAGAUGCAGGCCGCGGCGCUGGCGGCCACGGGGGCGAUGGCUGGGAACGGGGAUGGCUUUCAUGGCGGUGGUGGUGGCGGGGGGGAGUAUGGCUCGGGGUGGGGUGGGGAAGAUGGGUAUGGGAGUGGUGGGGGCGGUGGUGGUGGGGGGUAUUUUGAUGGGAAUCCGAGGGCGGGGUUUCGGGUUGGGAGGGAUCGCCGCAGUUGGUUGUUCUCGCCGGGGUUUUCGCCCGUUAUUGGUGGGACGGCAGAGGAGGAGGCCGAGUGGGCGCGGAAUGGUGAUCCCAGGGGCAGGGGCCGGAGGGGUUGCUGCUGA